AUGCAGUCUGCUUCUACAAACAUUUGUGAAAGACUGUGCAACAAGUCCAUUCAUGAAAUUUCCUUGCUGCUAAAUAUUCCAUGGUCAACUGUUAGUGGUAUUAUAACAAAGUGGAACAACUGGGAACAACAGAAACUCAGCCAUGAAGUGGUAGGUCACAUAAAAUGACAGAGCGAGGUCAGAGCAUACUGAAGCGCACAGUGCACAGAAGUCUGCAAUUGUCUGCAGAGUCAAUAGCUAAAGACUCCAGACUUUGUGUGGCCUUCAGAUUAGCACAAUAACACUGCAUAUAGAGCUUCAUGGAAUGGGUUUCCAUGGCUGAGCAGCUGCAUCCAAG